AUGGAGGCCCUCACCAAGGGCAUCCAGGCUGCCAUGGAGAAGCGCAUGCAGAGCGCUACCAAGGAUAUUUCAGAGUUGCUGUCCAGCAGCGGGGACAUCAACCAAAACAUAAAGGACUGUUUGUCCAGGCAGGAUAGUCCGUUGCCCAUCAUGACCGUCCUGCAGAUGAACCUUGCCAAGGCAGAGAAGGGGUCCCAGCAAGAGAAAGCGCUCAGCUACAUCUUCAACGUCAUGAACCAGGAACUGCUGCAGAAGAAGGUGCCCACUGUGCUGAAGGUGCUUUCCACCCUGCUGGCGACCCCGGAGGCGCCGGUGCGCAGAAAGGUCCUGAAGGAUCACCUCGCGGCGAUGGAGGCGGAGGGCCACAGGGUGGAGGCCGACCUCUCGUCCGCCAUUGUCGAGCUCGUCCGGGAGGCCGAGGUGCAGUUCACGGGCCAGAAUGUGGAGACCCCGCAGCGCGUGGAGACGCUCGAGCUGAUCCGGCGAACGGCCAUCGACGCUGGGGUGGUGAUCGCCGAGGUGUACGGCGACGAGGACUCAUUCCUCGAGCAGGACAUGUUCACGAACGAGCUGGGGCCCCUGUUUGAGGCGCUGAGCCGCACGUUACGGGGCAGGGACGUCCCAGCGAUGGCGAGGGGCAGAGGCGGAGGCCUGCCGGCUUGCCCCAGCGAGGACCAGCGCCAGGCGGUCGCGGCCCUGCACCGCCGCGGUCUGGCCGAGGGCCUGCUGCUGCUGGGCGCGGGCGACCUCGAGGGGCCGCUGGCGGCUGCCGCGGAGGCGCACGCGGCAGCGGCGCUGGUCCUCGUGCGCCGCUCGGCAGUGGGCACCGAGGAGCGGCUGCCGUCGGGGCGGUCGCUGUGGGAGGUGCUCGUCGGCCCGCUGCCGGAGCCCGCCGCCGCCCUGGCCUUCAGGCGGCCGCUGGCUCUCUGGGCCCUGGACGCAGAGCCAGGCCCUGGCAGCGACGCCGCGGCGGCCGCGUGCGAGGAGACCGUGUGCAUCGCGCUGUCCCCUGGGCCGGAGGCCGGGGGCAGCGAGGCGGCGGUGGCCGCGGCCAUGGCGGAGCUGCAGGAGGACGGCCUGGCCGUGGUCGGCCUCCGCCUCGCCUUCCCGGACCAGGCGGCGGCGCAGGCCGCGGCGUCCGUCUCGCUGCGCAGCGCCGUGCGCCCCGGGCGCGCCGUGCUCCUGCUCGCGGUGCGCGGUCCUCACGCCCUCUGCGUGUGGAGGUCGCUGCUGGGGCCCGUGGACCCCCAGCUGGCCCGGCGCACGGACCCCGCGUCGCUCAACGCCCGCUUCGGCGGCGUCGGCCGCGGCGAGGCAGUGGCUUUCACACCACCUUCGUCCUCUUCCAGAGCCCUGGUCGACGUGAUCUGGGGCUUUGGAGGUCGUGUUGACGCAGGGUCUCCUGCACUGCCGACAAGGCCAGCGCACGCGAUCUUCCUUGCGCAGCCAAGGACGUACUCGCUGGAGCUGUCCGGCCAGCUGUCCUUCGGCGCCGCGGGGUCGGUGCUCAGCGGGAUGCUGUUCCGCAUGGGCCACGUCGUCAGCCUGACCGCCGACGCCGCCGCCGGCACCUUCCUGGCCACUGGCGUGCGCGAGGGCGGCUCCGCCUUCGCGGGUAGCUGCGUGCGCCUGCUGGCGGCGCCGCCAGCUGACGCCAGCGAGCUCGCGGCGACCAGCCCUGUCGCCAGGCGCCGCCCCGUGGACGCGAUCGGGGUGGCCGCAGUGCCCCGGGAGCCCCCGCACGGGCUCGGGCUGGCCCUCAACGCCGCGCCGCCGCCGGCCACGGGGCCCGAGGCCGAGGAGGCCUGCCGCCUGGGCGACCCCGAGCCGCUGGUGCUCGGCAUCCGCCCCCGCGGCGCCGCCGCGGCGGCGCUGCUGCUGCGGGAGGUGUGCGACGACCUCUUCGCAAAGUUCGGCCCCGACGGCGGCCAGAGCCCUGGGAGUCAGGAGGCGAGGCCCCCGGGCCUCAGCGCCGGCUGUGGCGUGGACCUCCUCGGCGUCCGCCUCUUCGACUCCAGGUCCCUGGCGGACGCCGCGGCGGGCGCGGGCCCGGGCGCGCAGCGGGCGCUGGACGCCGGGCUGGCGGCGCUGCGGGGCUUCCGCUCCUUCGCGCAGGUGGUGAGAAGAGCAGGCGACGCCGCCUCGGACUGCUGGUGGGCCGCGGCAGAGGCAGGUGGUCCGGCGGUGCUGCUCUGCCUGCGCGGGGAGGGCCUGAUCGAGCGCUUCAGGAGCUUCUUCGCCCGCGAGUGGAAGCUCAGCGCCGUCGCGAACGGCGACAUCCUCUUCUCCCCGGACCUGCGAGCCGCGCGCCAGGCCCGCCACGCCUUCUUCGCCGGGCAGGGCCGCGGCCCCGUGGCGCCCACCUUCCCGCCCAGCGACCUCCGCUGCCCCCAGCGCUUCGAGGGCGCGCCGGCACGCGAGGCGGUGCCGCAGCUGACUGCGGCGGUGUUGCUGCCGCCGACGGUGGACGCGGCCUUGUUCCGCGUCCUGACGGCGGUGGAGCAGCACGGCUUCGCCCUGGUCGCGGCGGUGGCGUCGGGCGGCCUCUCGCGGCCCACGGCCAGGCUGCUGUUCGACCAGGAGGUGGAGGACGGGCACCUGGAGGCCGGGGACCUGGACGCUUUCGGCGCGGCCGCGGGCUGCGGUGCCGAGGGCCCGGACGCAGAGGGCUCGUUCCGGUGCGUCUGGCUCCUGCUCUCGCGGCCGUGCGCCGUGAAGCGGCUGGCGCAGCUCUGCGGCCACGGCGACCCCGCGGUCAACCAGCGCCACCUCUACGCCUCCCUGCGCUCGGGGCGCGAGCGCGUGCAGAACGGCAUCCGCUGCGCCACGUCGCGCGCCUCCGCCGAGGCCCUGCUCGGCACCCUCGGCGACGAGCUGGGCGCGCACGUCGCGCCGCCCGGCCACCCGGGCGACAGGCGCCUCGGCGUCGAGGAGUGCGAGCGCACGCCCGAGUGCUCCCUGGUCGCAGUGGCGCUCGCGGACGGCUCGGAGGUCGCCGUCGCGCACGUGCUCCGCGAGCUGCACGUGGCGGCCACGGGGCGAGGCCUGGCACUGGUCGGCCUGCGCGCGCUGGGGGCCGGCCUGGGCCCCGCCUCGGCGGUGUGGCCGGGGCUGCGGGGGAGCCUGCCGCAGCUGCUGGGCAGCUGGCGGGAUGCGCGGCCGAGCGCCGCCGGCGUCGCCGAGCGCGCCAGAGACGGCGGGCCGUUCCUGCUGGCCGUGUGCGAGGGCCCGCGCUGCGUCGACCACGCGCGCGCGGCCCUGGCAGCCGUCGUGGAGGCCGCCCAGGGCCCGGCGGGGGGCCUGGAGCACUACGCCUCGGCCACGCCGGGCGAGGGCGCCGCGGACGUGGCCCACCUCUUCGGCGAGCUCUUCGGCGCCAAGCACUACGUGGUGGCAGGGGCCGUUUAG